CUCACACAGGACUAUGAGGACGCACGUCUCCACAGCCCCGCCGCCCACCCCCACCGUGAAAACCCUGCAGAAGCAGUGGCUGGAAGCAAUGGCCGCCUACCAUUAUGUGCUCCUUUUCCUCUUCCUGGGCCCUUUCUUCUCCCUCCUUCUUCUGUUUCUCCUCUUCACCUCGCUCUGGUUGCUUUCUGUUCUCUACUCGCUGUGGCUGUUCCUGGACCGGGACACACCCAAGCAAGGCGGAAGGCAACUCGAGUGGAUGAGGAAUUGUGUCAUUUGGGAGCACCAACGGGACUACUAUCCUAUCAAGCUGGUGAAGACGGGAGAGCUGCCCCCCAACCGGAACUAUGUGCUGGUUUCGCACCCACAUGGGAUCAUGUCCACUGGAACCUUCUGUAAUUUCUCCACCGAGUGCAAUGGUACGUCCCAGAUGUUCCCUGGGAUUCGGCUGUCCGUCGCCAGGCUUACCAGCCUCUUCUACUACCCAGUCUUACGCAACUACAUCCUGUGGAGUGGGUUGUGUUCAGUGGCCCGCCAGAGCCUAGACUUUAUCCUCUCAAGGCCCCAACUUGGGCAGGCUGUGGUCAUCCUGGUUGGGGGUGCCCAAGAGUCCUUGUAUGCCAUCCAAGGGCAGCACUACCUCACUCUCCAGAAUCACAAAGGUUUUGUGCGCCUGGCACUGAGGCAUGGAGCCUCCCUAGUGCCUGUGUACAACUUUGGAGAAAAUGAUAUCUUCAGACUUAAGGCUUUUGCAACAGACUCCUGGCAGUAUCUCUGCUAGAUCACCUUCAAGAAAUGUGUGGGCUUUUCUCCCUGCAUCUUAUGGGGCCACAGUCUCUUUUCCAACUCCUGGGGCUUGCUGCCCUUUGCGAUGCCCAUCACCACUGUGGUGGGUCGCCCCAUCCUGGUGCCCCAAUGCCUCAACCCCACUCAGGAAGAAGUUGACCACUACCACAUGCUCUACAUGAAGGCUCUGGAGCAACUGUUUGAGGAGCACAAGGAAAGCUAUGGCGUCCCUGCUGCUAUGCAUCUCACCUUCAUGUAGCCCUGGCUCUGACCCCACCGGUCCCUGAGCUGCUGAGCCUGGUGCACUGAAUCCUCCACCUGCUGCUGUGCUCU